AUGGCGUCUCGAGCGAUCAUGAACCUGCCCGACGUCAGCUCGUUGCCUAUCGUGCCCUUUCCGCCCAACAAGGAGAUAGCGAUGAUGCUCAGGCAUGACGACGCGACUGACGGUUUGCUCAUGCUCUGCGCUUCAGCACUCGCCAGUGUGGAGAACCGGGCACUCUGUCCCAAUGAGAUCUCGGAGAUCUGCAAAUCGAGAGGCUGGACCUACUCAGGGACGCAACCCUUCGCACUCGUGUCAACUUGCAUCAGGACGCAUGUCAGGAGAGCGGCGACGGGCAGCAAGCCUUACGCACCUCUUUUCUCCCCUUACGAACUCAACGGACCGGUACCCGCCGAGGACAUCCCUGGCAUGGGCAUUGACAAAGACGGUAAACCCGUCAUCAAACGUGGCACCCUAUGGUACCUCUCAGAGAAAGGCGCUGGUUAUCCUUCGCCAUUCACUUCAGCUGGCUCGCGCACAGCCGGGUCCAGAGGGAAAAUCACGCAGCUGCCUAUCGUCUCAGCCGAGUACGCAAAGAGGCCACCGCCGCCUUUGAACGUAAAGAAGGGCAGCAAACCGUCAGAGUCAGCCUACAGCAAAGCUGCAGUCGCGCCGUUGACAGGGCAAAGGUCAAGGACAGCAAGCAGCACGCCCAUGCAAGUCGUUGCAGCCUCGAGCGGACGAUCGGGGCACCAGCGGUCCUUUUCGAUGUCUCUACCUGCUUCCGCAUCUUACAGGCAAGGCUCAUUAGAACUCGACCCAUCCGGAGAGGAAGGGGAAGAAUCGAUGGGAAGAGGCAAGCGAAAACGCCGAGCAAGCGCGAUUGCUGCCUCUUCGGCCUGGGAGAACGAGAUCCGCCCUGCGCUGAGCAUGACUCAAUCGGGACCUGCUAGCAUGCAGAGAAGUACGAGUCCGAAGUACAACAUCGGCGCGCAUCGGCGCACACAAUCUGUCACGCCACCAAUUGCCUUUAGCAACGAACAAGCGGGAGGGACAACGCGGAAACUGAAAUUCAAGCUUGCGCCCUUGCUCGAACGCGCUGCAAAGGAUGGGUCGAGCGACGUAGAAGUAGCAACAAGUGAUGACGAGACAGAUGACGACGACGCACUCAAGUUGAUCAAACGCGCCAGACGCAAGAGCGACAGCGAGGCUACCUCGCCAAGGCUAGCGGCUAAGCCGCAGAAUCGUCUGGCGCGUCCAUCCUUUCUGUCACAGUCUUACAAUUCGAGCAUGCGACCAUCCGCGACGAGUCUCAGCUUGCGCAUGAAAUCUCUCGGCUGUGACAGCGAAGCAGGCAGCGGCGAGGACGAUGGCAGAGCGCCAGAUCUGCAGCAGGCCAUGCUGACUGCUUGCGACGAAUUCGAGUUUGCCUUUGAUCAUGCCUUUGGCGCGUCAGAGGAAGCGGCCAAAGCAGCAGAGCAAGACGAGGCCAAGCGGGACAGCAUCGAAUUACCCACAAAGCGCCGUUCCGGAGAAUUCGAUUGGAAUGACGACGAAGCGCCAGCGGGCGAUGUUGACACGCCGGCCACUACGCCGCGUUCGUACUGCCCGCCUACAGCCGCUCUCAGCCCAGCAUUCGAGUCAGACAGCGACGAUUCUUCCAGCAGUGAAGGUGAUGACGAAGAAGAGGACGAUGCGAUGGACACUGCGCCAGACUCGCCACGUCUCUCGCCACUCGACGUCACACUAUGUCCUCAUGCAGAAGCACAACCUCCCAGCUCCCUUGCAGACGAAGCAUCGAAAGUCUCAACGACGCCCAUCGAUGAUCAAGUGCAGUCCGCAGAAGAAGUACCCGAGCCAUUGCCGACAUUGCUGUCCAUGCCGCUAGCACCAACAGCUGGCUUCGCACCUGCCCUUGGGCAAGCUGUUGACGGCCAGGACGAUAUUGAAAUGGAGCUUGUUCAUGUCGACAGUAUCACCGAUGAUGGCUCGACUGACGAUUCGUCAAUCUCUGAUUCAGAUUCAUUCAGUGGCACCGAGCUAUUGCUGAACCGUCGGCUGUCGCUCGAUUACGACCCUACCACAUCGCUGUCGUCUCUGACGCUCAACCAAAGACGUGGCUCUGGCACGGCGACUUCCGUCGAAUCUGCCGGUCCUUCGCCCACGGAGGAGAAGCUCAAUUCGACCGCCUGGGCUGUCGAUGCCCUGAAAGCCUCCUCUUCGCCGCUCGAGUCGCCAUCUCAGACCACAGAGGUAGCCGCCCAGUCAUUCUCUCGAAUCCUGGCAUCAGACAUCCUUUGCCCGGAGUCUGUGGGACUCGACGAGCUAGAUCAGGUCUUCACAAAGGAAGAUCAGGAAGCGUAUGCAGCUUGUGCACGCAUGCAGGCCAUAUCACUGCCGAAUGCCAGCUUCUUUCUCGCUCAGCCACCUUUGCUCACGCGAAGGAAGACGCAGCCGAUCGUUGCUGCGCCUGCGCAAGAGCCCGAAGCGCUCUCGCCUGUGCCGUGCUCGACGCUCUCGCCACCGACAUCUGAUAAAGAAGUGGCAGACAUCAUCGUCUACCCGAUGUCGGUGACCCAACCGCUCAUCACCGCGCGCUUCACCCGUUUCGAGAGUGAGACGACUGCAAGGUCACCGGUGCCUUCGGUACCGGUCUACUCGAUCAAUGUCGUGCGAGGCGAUGGCGUUGCGCUGCCGUUGCUGCGAAGAAUCGACGAUGACUUUGUCAACGUCUCUACGCUCGUCCAGAGUGGCGCGCAGUCUCGCGAUAUCGCCAACCGUCUGCAAACACUGCAGGCGCUAGAUGACACGGUUACAAUGACGGGCGGUGUCGGCGUCGCGGGUAUUUGGGCACCCCUCCAGACGGCAAAGGAGCUGGCGAGACUGCAUAUCAAGUCAGCUUCUGCUCUGAAUGCCUUCUUGGCCGACGACGUCCAUCGACUGUUUCCGGAGCCGCUGCCGCAGAUGCGCGAGACGCUGCGAUCCGCGCGAGUAGAGAAGAUGGCCCACGAGCAAACAUCAGACCAGCCAAACCCGACGGUUCGGACGAGCAGACGUAGAACUGCCGGGCGAGCCUAA